AGUGGUUAUCAUUUAUCUCCUGAGAGUAAACAUUUCUUUUUCUCCUGUGCUCUCAAAUCGGUUGUUUCUUUUUUCUCGAAGGGUUGUUUCCAUGGCUUCUUCUUCUUCUUUGAUUACAACAGGCUUGCUAUCUGUUCCUUCUCUCCAUCUAAAUGAUCAGGCAAAGCAUGCUAGAUUUGGUGCCAUGCCAAUGAAUACACUUUUAAUUCAGAAUUGCAUAGCACUAGCCAUAAAUAGUAGAAGAAGAUGUCGCCCAUUGCGUGCAAUUUCUAAGGUAUCUGCUGGAGAGCAAGUUAUCAUUGAGGAAUCUGGAGCUACUAAGAGUGGUAAUGAUAUUGGCAUUCUUAGUAUCCACCAUGUUGGAUUGCUAUGUGAAAAUCUUGAAAGGUCACUCGAGUUUUAUCAGAAUCUUUUAGGUCUUGAGAUAAAUGAAGCAAGGCCUAAUGACAAACUCCCCUAUAAAGGUGUUUGGUUCUGGGUAGGUUCAGAAAUGAUUCAUUUGAUGGAACUUCCAAAUCCUGAUCCGUUAACAGGCCGUCCUGAACAUGGAGGAAGAGACCGUCACACAUGUAUGGCCGUUCGAGAUGUGUCGAAGCUCAAAGCUGUUUUUGAUAAAGCAGGUAUUCCCUACACAUUAAGUAAAUCUGGGAGACCUGCGAUCUUUGCUCGAGACCCGGAUGCAAAUGCCCUUGAGUUCACACAAGUUGAUAACUGAUUAAGGCUGAAUCCUUGAUGUUUAUCAAUAGUUAAGAGGUGGCAAAUGCAAGUAUUUGGGUGUGAUCAUAUGUAUCUUACGAUUGCUACAAGUGGUUAAUGUUUUUCGUGUGAUUGUUUCCACCGAUUGUAGCCACGAAGAGUAUAUAGAAUGUCAAGUGAAAUGGUAGUUCCAUCACGUGUAAAUAUUAUUAUACUAACACAACCAAAUUGAAGACAAACCGAAAUAUUAUUUAAGGAUGCAGCCAUUCCAAAUCCAA